AUGGCCGACAACGCCGAAGCUGGCAGUGAUGCCCAAAUCACCUUCAAGGUCAAGCCCUUGUCCGAAAAAGUCUACACCAUCGAAAUGCCCGAGAGCACCUCCGUCCUCGAACUCAAGACGAAGCUCGCUGGUGCCGACUUCGAAAACGUCCCUGUUGAACGCCAACGACUCAUCUACGCUGGCCGUGUCAUGAAGAAUGAAGAGACUCUUGCCACAUACAAGAUCAAGCCAAACAACACCAUCCACAUGGUCAAGAGCGCCGCCAGCAACCAGACCCAACCGGCUAGUUCCAAUGGUUCUGCUGCACCCCAGACUCUGCCGACAAAUAUGGCCUCGGGAACCGCCAACAACCCUCUUGCCAACCUUACCAGUGCCCGCUAUGCCGGCCAUCAGCUGAACCUUCCUGGUUUGGAUAGCUUCGGCCCCGACGGCGGCAUGGGCCCUCCCAUGGACGAUGAGCGAAUGGCCCGUUUGAUGUCAGACCCUAACGUCCAGCAGUCGAUGAACGAAGCUCUCAACAACCCCGACUUUGUCAACAUGCUCAUCGACUCAAACCCCAUGCUCCGCAACAUGCCUAAUGCUCGUGAGCUCAUCACGUCACCAUUCAUGAGAGAGAUGAUGAGCAACCCUGCCAUGCUAAGCGGUGCUAUGCGCAUGCAGCGUGGUAUGCGCGGGGGCGAAUCGGCUUUCCCUGCCCCCGGCGCGACUGACACAACACCCGAGAAUACAACACCCCAGAAUCCAGCCGAUGCGCCCCGCGACGGUGCCCAGCCGGAGAGACCAUGGAUGCCCACCUUGUUCGCCCCUGGAGUUCAUAUCCCACCGUUUUUGACUGAAAUGGAGCAAGGCCUUAUGAACAUGGGGAUGGACCCCAAUGCGAGUUCUGCCGCCAUCCUUGAAAUGAUCGCACAAGGCGCGAACCAAGGCGGUGCUGGAACAACGGGUGCUGGAACCACGGGUGCUGGAGCAACGGGUACUGGAACAACGGGUGCUGGAACAACGGGUGCUGGAACAACGGGUGCUGGUGCGCCCCCAGGCACAGGCCCGGGCGCAGGUGCCAACGCGCGGAACCCUUUUGCUGCCUUGUUCCCCGGCGCUGCAGGCGGAGCCGUGCCGGGUGGUUCGCCCUUUCAAAUGACUCCCGAGCAAUUACAGGCCGUGACGCGGAUGCUGCAAGGCAAUGCCGCUGGAGCACCGGCUGCACCGGCUGACACUCGCCCUCCAGAAGAACGAUAUGAGGAGCAGCUUCGACAGCUCAACGACAUGGGCUUUUUUGAUUUUGAUCGCAACGUGGCCGCGCUACGAAGAAGCGGAGGCAGUGUGCAUGGUGCUAUAGAAUAUCUGCUUUCCGGUUGA